UUCAGUCACUCAUUGGAAAUGUAAAUCAAUUGCAGCCUCAAUUUGUGCCUCUUCUUCAUCUUCUUCCACAGACAUAAAUUCCAGUCUUUCAAUCUUCAAUCCAAUCGGAAACCCCAUCUCUUUAUCUCUUUAUCUUCAUCAGAAGAUAAAAAAACAGAGUGUUGAUUUCAAAAAGUUUCAAUUUUCACUUGUUUUUCCACUACUUUUUCUUAGGGAUUUUUGAUUCUGAAGAACAGAAGAAGGUUGGGUUUGUGUUUGAUUGAAGAAAUUUUCAAUCCCUAGAAGAAGAAGAAAAAUGGCCGAAGUUCAGACUCUGAGCGCCAUUGAUGGAUACACGCAGCAGAUGGAUAAUUCCUCCUUUUUCAGAAACUCCAGGUUUAGUGAAGAUACAACAAAUUCUGGGUUUGGAGCGGCAUUUACUUUCUGUACAGGUGAUUUUGUCCUCUGGGUUCUUUUGAUUUUGUCAACCAUUGGGUCUUACCGUAACAAGGGUUUGAUCAGAAUUUUUGGUGGAUUCAGAGAUAAAUCAAUUGAUUUGAUACAUGGGUUUUGGUUAUGGUUUGGUGUUUUUGGUUUAUUCUGUUCAAAAAUCUCAUCUUGUUUGGUUGGGAUUAGUAAACUCUCUAAAAACCCUAGAAUCGAAAAAUCUGAAAAAACCAUUGACAAAACUGCUGAAAUCUGUGAAGAAAUCAAUGAGAAAUCUCCUGAAAUCAGUGAGCAAGGAAAGAAUGAUGAAGAUGGGGAUGAAGAGAUGAGUACAAUUGAGGAAUUGAAGAAAGCAAUUGAGAUUGAAAGAGAAGAGAAGAACAGAGCAGUUACAGAACUAGAGAAUGAGAGAAUGUCAUCAACAUGUGCGACAAAUGAAGCAAUGGAUAUGAUUCUGAGAUUACAAGGUGAAAAGAGUUCAAUACUAAUCGAAGCGAAUCAAUGUAAAAGAUUAGCUGAACAGAAACAGCAAUAUGAUCAAGAAAUCAUUCAAUCACUUCAAUGGGUUAUAUUCAAACAUGAAUCAGAAAGAAGUGUUUUAGAGAAUCAAUUGAAGUUGUGUAAGCUGAAAUUGAGAGAGUGUUUGAAAUUGGAUGAAUUGGAGCAAUUUGAAGAAGAGCUGUUGAAUUGCGCAAAUGUGGAGGAGGAUGGAGCUAGUACUGGAUCGCGUGACACGGAUUCUUCGUCUAUGAUGGAAAUGCAGGGGAGCCACAGGAGCAAAGCUCGGACGAAGCUCCAAUGGUGAAGUAAAACAGAGGGCUGCCUUGGAUGCUUACAACUGGGCAGUGGAAUUAGGAUGCAGAAUGGAUUUUGAAUCAAAUUUUUGCCAAAAUUUAUCAGAAAUAUGCAUGUUGAGAAGAUAUGAUCUCUUUUCACUAUGGAUCACGAUGAAAAGGAAGUUUUUGAUAUUGAAACUUGGAGCGGUACAAAUGAUAGAGAUAAUCACCUAGCAGUGAAUUUAGCUAUAUAUAGCUUUGGCUGUGAUUUUGAUGGGUCUUGGAACCAAAACACUAUUAACAACAUUAUUCCGAUUAUCUCCGGCAAUUUACUUCCCUGUACUGUUAGAAUACACACUAAUAAUCAUGUAAUAGCUGUUUUAGACUUGAAUGGUUUGGAUGCAAACCUGGUGGGAACUGGCAGUCUGCGCAGCAGCACCAAAUCUCAACAAUUGUUAACAGUUUGAGGACCGCUUUCUCUUUCUCUAUUAUCUAUAAAAAAAAAAGAAUUAAUAUGC